CCGUGUUUCACUAGGAUGCAAUGCUGAAAUUAGAAAAAACAAAGGGAAAAAUUGAAGUUUAACGUUUUUGACUUUGGCCCCUCACAGCAGCAAUAUCAUUCAAUACAAACUCUGCCACUGACAUUGUGCACUGAAUAUCAAGAAAGUAGAUGUUACGUCCCUAUAAGGAAACUCUGCACACACAAAAGAGAAAGCAGCUCUGCGUUCCCUGUAUCACGGUGACUAUUUAUUUACAGCCGAAGAGUUCAUCUACAGUGGAAUUGCUUUGUGUUUUGUGUCCUAUAUAACAUGAGUAUGAAUUGCCAUACUUAAAAAGUGAACCCAUAUCUAGAGCUAUAGCCAUGAUAAGGACUUGGAUUGAGCCAGUAGUGGCUGGGGCCCAAAUUGCCAGCUCUUUUUAUGACACUGGACUCCUGAUGACAGUCGAAAAUUACUAUAACCAAACCAUAAUUUCUUCUAACAGCUCAAGAGAUGAUGACCUUCAGAAAGCCAUCUCCAACUUCUACAUUAUCUAUAACGUGGUCAUGGGGAUGACACCUUUGCUGUCUGCUUAUAUCCUGGCUAAAAUUAGUGACAAAACAAGUACAAAAGUCACUAUCUGUGUGCCAUUGACUGGGUACCUGAUAUCCAGGAUGUUUCUCCUCUUUGUGAUUUUAUUUGAGUGGCCAAUUGAAGUAAUAUUUGGCUCAGCUGCUUUCAAUGGUUUAACUGGCUGGUUCACCACCUAUUGGGCCGGAGUAAUGGCUUGGGCAUCACUGGCAUCUACAGAGAGCAAGCGCUCUUUAAAACUUAUUAUCAUUGAGCUUGUGUAUGGAUUGGCUGGUUUUGCUGGCAGUUUGGUAUCUGGCUACAUAUUUGUACAUCUAAAUAUCAAUAAACAUCAAGGCACUAUCCUUGCCUCUUGUAGCACUGGCUGCUAUGCAUUUUGUGUCUUGUAUAGUAUAUUUAUUUUAAAAAUGCCUGAUGCUGAAACAUGUUUGGAAGAAAGGAAUACUGAAGGCAGUUCCAUCAAUGAAGCCUCACAAGAAUCCAUCAAUUCUGACUGUGCAUUGCUAAAUGAUAAGCCAACAAAUAACACAGCCAUAAAUCCAAGUGAUGUGGCUUCUUCAAAAUGCGUCAUUAUAUGUAUGUUUGUGAGUGCAAUUGUAUAUAAUAUUGCAGUAACAGCAACUGAUGAUGUCAUUAAUGUCUUUGUGUUGAAAAAACCAUUAAACUGGGGCCCAGUUGAAGUUGGAUAUGGCAAUGCUGCAGCCUAUAUGACCUACAUCACAAGUUUUCUUGGGGUUUAUAUUUUCUCAAAAUGUUUUGGUGAUCUGGGCUUGAUCAUCACUGGAAUGAUCUCAUUCAGCUGUGGGAUUCUGAUCAUGGCUUUUGUACGCUGGACUUAUCUGUAUUACAUUGCUCGGGCUGUGAUGCUAUUCUCCCUGAUCACUACACCAACUAUCAGGUCAAUAAUUUCCAAACAUGUUAAGGGAUCAUCAUAUGGUCAAGUCUUUGUGGUGCUUCAGAUGGCUAUAGAAGUAAUUGCUGUGAGUUCUUCUGCUGGAUUUAAUAAAUUGUAUCAGGCUACACUGGACUGGUUUAGUGGAUUCUGCUUCCUCGUAUUCUCUGCCUUGGGAUUUCUCAGUAUUAUUCCUGUCAUUAUAACAGUCUGCAAGCAACAUCAGACAUGUGCCACGAGAGACAAUGAGAGUAAUGGGAGCACCAGCAAUGCACCUGUCAUUACGUGACAUUUAUUACAUCUGCUACAGAAAAUAUCUGAAUCAGUGGCUAGAGCAGUUGUUACAAUUAUUUUUAUUGUCUGUAUAUUGAGAUAAACUAGUUUCUUCCUUA